CAAGAUUACUUCACCAAGCUCCUAGAGGAUGACCUCAAGGCCGUUGUCAAGCCCCAGUAUGUCGACCAGAUCCCUCGGGCUGUCAAGGGCCCUCAGAAGAGCGUCCAGCACUUGAUUGAUGCUGUGAGCACCCUCGGCAACAAGAAGGAGGUCUGUGACACCCUGGAGCUCAACCAUAUCAUGGACCGCGAGAUCAACCUCUUGUCCGGUGGAGAGUUGCAGCGUUUCGCUAUUGGUACAGUCUGUGUCCGCCAGGCCGAUGUGUACAUGUUCGACGAGCCGUCUUCCUACCUCGAUGUCAAGCAGAGACUCGCAGCUGCCCGUAUCAUCCGCUCUCUUCUCCGCGAUGACGACUACAUCAUCGUUGUCGAGCACGACUUGUCCGUCCUCGAUUACCUCUCCGACUUCAUUUGCGUUCUGUACGGCAAGCCGGCCGUCUACGGUGUCGUCACACUGCCCCAGUCUGUCCGUGAAGGUAUCAAUAUCUUCCUCGACGGUCACAUCCCCACCGAAAACCUGCGUUUCCGCGACGAGUCCCUCACCUUCAAGCUCUCCGAGGGUGCCGACGAAUUCAUGAACGACAAGUCUCGUGCCUUCAAGUACCCCAAGAUGCAGAAGACCCUGGGUAACUUCAAGUUGAGCAUCGAUGCUGGCGACUUUACCGACUCCGAGAUUAUCGUCAUGAUGGGUGAGAACGGAACCGGAAAGACCACUUUCUGCCGUCUCCUUGCCGGUGCACUGAAGCCUGACACCAAGUCUGCCGUCCCUGAGAUGAAGAUCAGCAUGAAACCCCAGACUAUUACCCCCAAGUUUGAGGGCACGGUCCGCCAGCUCUUCUUCAAGAAGAUCAGGGCAUCCUUCCUGUCGCCCCAGUUCCAGACCGAUGUCGUAAAGCCCCUGAAGCUCGACGACUUCAUCGACCAGGAAGUCAAGAAUCUGUCUGGUGGUGAAUUGCAGCGUGUCGCCAUCGUCCUAGCUCUCGGUUUGCCCGCCGACAUCUACCUCAUCGACGAGCCCUCGGCCUACCUCGACUCCGAGCAGCGUAUCAUCGCCUCCCGCGUCAUCAAGCGCUUCAUCAUGCACGCCAAGAAGACUGCUUUCAUCGUCGAGCACGACUUCAUCAUGGCCACCUAUCUCGCCGACCGUGUCAUUGUCUUCGAUGGCCAGCCCGGCAUUGACGCCCACGCUAACAAGCCUGAGUCCCUUCUGACCGGCUGCAACACAUUCCUCAAGAACCUCGACGUCUCUUUCCGUCGUGACCCUACCAACUACCGCCCUCGUAUCAACAAGGCCAACUCUCAGUUGGAUCAGGAGCAGAAAGCCAGCGGCAAUUUCGUAAGUCACAAGCAACUACCGUCAGCCAUGGUCACCUCACUAACUCGCGAAAGUUCUUCCUGGACAACGACGACGACAAGACGAGUUGAAGAGGGCAUCCUUAAGGAUGUUUUCCCUUGUCAUGAUGCAUUCAACUCAGGCGUUCAGGGCGUUCAAAAGGGGCAUAAGCGGCUGCUGGGGACACGCGCUUCCGGCUGUCAGGAUCAUGGUUCCGGUUUAGAGGAGGAUGACACGUCCAAGGAUGACGACGCCGGCGGAUAACAACGGCGACGGCAGUCUAUCCCCUGUUGCCUGGUCCUACGGAGAUGCAAGGUUUCUUAUGGAUAUGGUGCCCCUCUACCACAAGUCCGAUGGGAGGGGAACUGAUAAUUCGCGACGGGCCAUUGGUUUUCAUUGGUCUCACCUAUUCAUAUGGGAGCUUGACUAAUCCGUAGAUUGAGGGGCGAUGGAUUAAGCAGGAUGACUGCCGUCAGUCUUUGUUGCACAUUGUUCUGGAGCAAGACUCGUAGAUACACUUCAAGAGACACAUACACACGUCUCAUGCCAAGAAACGAAAAUACACAAGACCGUCGUUGAAGCAAAGUAACUUUU